UGCUUUCUCAUAUCUCAAACAGUUCCAUUCUUCUUUGUACCUGGAUCUGUACUCAUUCCCUGAAAUGCCAGUAGAAAUAUCAUGUCUAAAUUCAUAUCAUCAUAACCUUGCCGACGUUUUGAAUCGUAAUUUCUAAAUACUAAAAUGCGUUGACGAACACCGUUUCAUAUCCCAAUGCUUUUACCAGCUUAAAGAAUUGUUAUAUUGUAACUAAGACAUACAAAAAGAUCUGUAACGUUGCAGCUUUUCAUUCUAUUAUUUCUUCGAUUCCUGCACUUCACCUUCUCCAUACACUCACACAAUGGUGCUCGUGUACCCAAUCUAUUUUGAUAAAAAGCGUUCAAAAGAAUUUCGUCGUGUUUCUAAAAAAGAUGCUAUUGAAAAUCCAUUAGCAAAGAACAUCGCGGAUGUCGUUCGUGAUUUGGGCUACCAAUGUAAAAUUGAACCUCUCAAAACUCACCCCGCCGACUGGGCUAAUCCAGGCCGUGUAGAUUUAAUUUUACCGGAAAAAAUAUCAAAACGUUAUCUGUUUAAGCAAAUCGCAAAAGUCUUGCAACAUCGUCCCACUAAACCACAAGAUCCAUUGUCUCUACCUAUACAGAAUGUCCCUCCCAGACUUCCUGAACGUCCACCCGCUUAUCCCAAAGGUAUAACUGGAAAUACCAUUUUACCUAUGCAUUCUCCAGCGCUCUCAGGAGGAGGUAUUUCGGAAAAUAUGUUCCAAGACAUGAUGCAGGAGAUGCAAGGACAACCAGGAAUGCAAAACGGCAUGAAUCCUUUGAACGCACUUUCUGGUAUGGGUAUGGCCCCUCCUGCAACACAAAAUACUAGCUCUUCACGACCCAGCAUGGCUAAAAUAGAGCAAGAAGAAUACGAUUUGGACUUGGAAUAAGAAAUUUGAAUAAUCCUAUCAUCGAGCUACGACUAUCAUCAUAUACCAAACUUUGGUAUCUCGUAUAAAACAGAGGGUAUUGCUUUGAACAAUCAAUCUAAACUAUGGACAGUUAUUUUCAAUCGUUAAUGAGAAAUGUACAAAUUAUACUCUUUUUACUAUA